GCACAACUCCAGCACAAGCAACACCCAGGCCACUCACACCAAGGGGCCAGUCUGCAAAGAAAGCCAGACCCUCUUUCUGCCUAUCUAGCAAUAGGCGCAGUCAGAGCGGACUCUACCUCUUACGAUCUUUCAGGGUACCGCAUAGGAAUCGCAGGAGAGGGACAUUUUUGGUGACUAGUCUUGGCGCGCGCGUCUGUGUGUGGUCUUCAUACGUGAGAACGAUAGACGUUCAUUGAGAGACGAAGCUGGACAGUACCGAUUUGUGAGGUUCAUCACUUUCCAUGGCGCGCGAAGCACAGGGACCCAUUCGGCGGAAGUUGGUCAUCAUUGGCGACGGCGCAUGUGGCAAGACUUCUCUUCUAUCAGUCUUCACACUCGGUCACUUCCCCAAGGAGUACGUUCCAACGGUCUUUGAGAAUUACGUCUCUGACUGCCGCGUGGAUGGGAAAGCAGUACAAUUGGCUCUAUGGGAUACAGCUGGUCAGGAGGAGUAUGAACGUCUCCGCCCACUAUCCUACUCUAAAUCGCAUGUCAUUUUGAUUGCCUUUGCAGUAGACUCUCCAGACUCGUUGGAUAAUGUCGCCAAUAAGUGGAUCGGCGAGGUGAAUGAGCAUUGUCCACGCGUACCGACCAUUUUGGUGGGUAUGAAGAAGGAUUUGAGGGAAGAUCCCGUGGCCAUUGAGGAAAUGCGACUCAAGAGCAUGAAGUUUGUCGACCAACAAGCGGCUCAAACGAUGGCCAAUAAGAUUGGUGCCAAGCGAUACAUGGAGUGUAGUUCUCUGACGGGCGAAGGAGUGGACGACAUUUUUGAAGCUGCAACACGCUCAGCACUUCUACACCGAGAUGAUUCAGAGACAGAGGCGAAAGGUUGCUGUCGACUCAUGUGAAGCUUUCCUUUUCCACUUUUGGAGCUCCAAGCGUUUAUGGAGAGAGACCGACGCUCUUGACCGAUUUUUAGGCAAAAAGCGACUAGAGGGGACAAACUUGUUUGAUGAAAUGAUUGUGCUUUCUCCCUCAUUCUUUAGUAUACUCGCCCUUUCUUUGUUUCUGCUAGUCAUUCUUUUCUUUUUA